CAAAAUGUAAAAAAUAGAAAGAAACCUAAAGUUUCGCAUGUCGGUGGUAGCAAAAGCAAUGCAAGGAGAAGUCGUCAAAUGGAGCAAAAAUUGGGAAAACUUGUGUGUCGAAGUGAGGUUAUUUUGUCAACUUUACUGAAGAAGGAUGGUAACUAUGUGAAUGAAGAAGGAAAUAUUUUAGUUGAUAAGAUAUCAGAGCAUCUACCUAAAGAUCAGGAACUUGCUGCCAGUUCAGGUGUUCCUAUGAAGAUACUAGCUCAUCUUAAUGUUGCCGUUGGAAAAGUGUAUGGAGUUCAACAUUCUAGUCGUGUGCGUGGUUUAGGUGGUAAUGUUUUCCCUUCAAAUGCUUUUGGAAUGCCUCACAUUCAAUUAGUUAUGCGAAUCUUGGUAGCUCUAGUAGUAUGUCUCAUCAACGUGUUGGAGACGUAGAGAAACAUGUAGAAACCUUGAAAGAAAAGGGAUAUAAAAAGACCAAAAAACAGCUUGAGGCGACCAAAUAAACGCUCGAGGGAACUAAGAAUCGGGUUGUGCAAAUUGAGAAUCAGUUGACAACUCUUCAUUGGUUUUUACAAGCUAAGUUUGGUAGUGAGUUGCCUACUUUCAACUAAUCUUCUCAGCCUUUAGUAUAUGUUAAAACAAACUAUAUAUAUGGUAUUUCUUUUAACUUUUAGUAUUUUCAUUACUCUAGUAUUUGUGGUAUUUUGUAUGAAUAUUCAAGGUUUGAAGCUCUUAU